CCAAAAGUAAAUACAGCGGGUGGUAGGUGGGAUGGUUUAGUAGCUGAAACAAAACCACUGAACUCCAAAGUCCUCCAUCCGUGUCUGCUUUUAACUUGCUUUAAACUUGCUGCACGUUCUGCAACCACAAACAACAUGAACGACUAUGAAGAUGCAACCGCCUUUCUAGGGGAAUGGGGACGUUUCCAGCAGCAGGUGUUUUUCCUCCUCUGUCUGAGCAUCGUCCCGAACGGUUUCAUGGGUAUGUCGAUCGUGUUUGUCGCCGACACGCCGCCCCACCGCUGCCUCAUUCCCGCGAACGUCAACCUGACCGCCGCAUGGAGAAACAGCAGCAUCCCGCUGGAGGAGGAGAGCCACAGCGACGCGUUGGUGCCCAGCAAGUGCGCCAGAUACAAACUUGAAGAUGUACUGAGUUUCUCGGACAGAGGCUUGCUGCCCGGCGUUGAUGUUAAUCUGUCUAAUGUGCCAACAGAAAGCUGUUUGGAUGGGUGGGAGUACGACCAGAGCAUGUACAUUUCUACCAUCAUAUCUGAGUGGGACCUGGUGUGUGAUGACAGGUGGAAGAACCCGCUGACUUCCUCUCUCUACUUCUGUGGCGUUCUUACUGGCUCCUUUGUUUCGGGACAGUUCUCUGACAGGUAUGGGAGAAAAAUAGUGUUGUUUGUUACCAUGGCAGUCCAGACAGUGUUCACAUUCAUCCAGGUUUUCUCUCCAUCCUGGACCAUGUUCUGCGCCGUGUUCUUUGUUGUUGGGUUUGGACUAAUCUCCAAUUAUGUGGCUGCGUUUGUGCUAGGGACAGAGAUAUUGGGCCCACGUGUUCGGACGGUUUUCUCCACCGCGGGUGUGACUCUUUUCUUUGGUGCGGGCUACAUGCUGCUGCCGCUGUUUGCUUAUUUCAUCAGAGACUGGAGGAUGCUUCUUCUAGGCCAGACCCUGGCUGGCUUCCUCUAUGUGCCUCUCUGGUGGUACAUCCCAGAGUCUCCUCGGUGGCUGCUCUCUCAGGGAAGAGUGGAAGAGGCUGAGGCCAUAGUGAGAGAUGCUGCUAAGAUGAACAAAAUCGAGCCUCCGCCAGUGAUCUUUAGUCCAUUGCAGAAAGAACUUCAAUGUGAGAAGAGGAAGGCCCACAACAUCUGUGACCUGCUUCAUUCUCGAAACAUCCGCUGGAUCUCUGUCACGCUGUGGCUGGUCUGGAACACCGUGACCAUCGCCUACUUUGCUCUUUCCCUGAACACCGCAAACCUUCACGGUAACGCAUACUUCAACUGUUUCCUGUCGGCUGUGGUAGAGAUGCCAGCCUACGCUUUGUCAUGGGUUCUGUUUCGCUGGUGUUCCAGACGACUGAGUCUUUCCUCAACCCUCUUCAUGGGAGGAUUGUUUCUACUCUUCAUACAGCUCAUACCAGCAAACCUGAUUUAUCUCGCCAUAACACUGGAGAUGAUGGGAAAGUUUGCAGUGACGACAGCAUUUUCUAUUGUGUACGCAUACACAGCAGAACUCUACCCAACCGUAGUGAGGAACACGGCUGUGGGCACCUGCUCCAUGGCCUCCAGAAUAGGCAGCAUUAUUGCCCCAUACUUCAUUUACUUAAGAAGCUAUUCCAUUUCACUGCCUUACAUCCUCAUGGGAAGCAUUACGCUCUCAGGGUUGCUGAGUCUCCUGCUGCCUGAGAGCUAUGGAAUGCCUCUGCCGGACACCAUUUCUCACAUGCAAAAUUUCCCUGGGUAAGACUACGCCUCCCUGUCACGAAGUCUCCCAGAGACCAGCGUAUAGCAUUAUAGAUUCAGAUUGGGUUAUUAUAUUUUUUUUGUAAUUUUCAUUUUUUAUGUUGAUUUAAGCUCAGUUUCAGUAAGUCUUUAGCUCAUCACAAUGCCCUUUUUUCAUUUUUCACAGUUAUUUCACACUAGUUUUAAAUUAUUAGUUUUUACUUGAUUGAAAACACUAGGCCAUGUUCCUUAUUUGUAUGCUGCUUUGGACAAAGUGUCUGGCAAAUGAAUAAAUAAAUGUAAAAUGGGAC